GUCCCUUCUAUUCUCCCUCCUCCCGACACCUACUCCUUCCGACUCCUUCCCGGCGCCGCUAAGUUUCUUCGCCCGCGACCGCGCAGAGCCCGGGCCGCAGCGGCGCCCCCGCUGCCCUGUCCCGCGCGCAGGCACCAGGCCCGGCCCCGGCCCCCGCCGAGGCAUGUGGUGUGGCCGCUGGAGGAGCCUCCGGCGCCGGGAGCCCCCGGUGCCGGCCCCGGUCGCAGCGUCCGUCGCGCUCCCGGCCCCGCCGGCAUCCCAGGACGGCGGCACCAAGAGGCCCGGGCUUCGAGCGCUGAAGAAAAUGGGUCUGACCGAGGAUGAGGACGUGCACGCCAUGCUCCGGGGCUCCCGGCUCUGCAAGAUCCGCUCGCGGAGGUGGCAGAAGGAGCGGCUGUACCGGCUGCAGGAGGACGGCCUGACUGUGUGGUUCCAGCGGCGUAUCCCGCGUGCGCCUUCGCAGCACAUCUUCUUCGUGCAGCACAUCGAGGCCGUCCGCGAGGGGCACCAGUCCGAGGGCCUGAGGCGCUUCGGGGGAGCCUUCGCACCCGAGCGCUGCCUCACCAUCGCCUUCAAGGGCCGCCGCAAGAACCUGGACCUGGUGGCGCCCACGGCCGAGGAGGCGCAGCGCUGGGUGCGCGGCUUGGCCAAGCUGCGCACACGCCUGGACGCCAUGAGCCAGCGCGAGCGCCUGGAUCACUGGAUCCACUCUUACCUGCACCGGGCGGACUCCAAUCAGGACAGCAAGAUGAGCUUCAAGGAGAUCAAGAGCCUGCUCAGGAUGCUGAACGUGGACAUGAAUGACAUGUACGCCUACCGCCUCUUCAAGGAGUGUGACCGCUCCAACAAUGAGCGUCUGGAGGGGACGGAGAUCGAGGAGUUCCUGCUGCGGCUGCUGAAGCGUCCCGAGCUGGAGGAGAUCUUCCACCGGUACUCGGGCGAGGACCGCGUGCUGAGCGCCCCGGAGCUGCUGGAGUUCCUGGAGGACCAGGGUGAGGCUGACGCCACGCUGGCCCACGCCCGGCGGCUCAUCCAGACCCACGAGCUCAACGAGACAGCCAAGCAGCAUGAACUAAUGACGCUGGAUGGCUUCAUGAUGUACCUGCUGUCGCCCGAGGGGGCUGCCCUGGACCCAGCCCACACAUGCGUGUUCCAGGACAUGGACCAGCCCCUCGCCCACUACUUCAUCUCCUCCUCGCACAACACCUACUUGACUGACUCCCAGAUCGGGGGGCCCAGCAGCACUGAGGCCUAUGUCAGGGCCUUCGCCCAGGGGUGCCGCUGCGUGGAGCUGGACUGCUGGGAGGGGCCGGGAGGGGAGCCCAUCAUCUACCACGGCCACACGCUCACCUCCAAGAUCCUCUUCCGGGAUGUGGUCCAGGCCGUGCGUGACCAUGCCUUCACGCUGUCCCCAUACCCUGUCAUCCUGUCCCUUGAGAACCACUGUGGGCUAGAGCAGCAGGCUGUCAUGGCUCACCACCUCCGCACCAUCCUGGGGGACAUGCUGGUGACGCAGGCACUGGACUCCCAGAACCCUGAAGAGCUGCCAUCCCCGGAGCAGCUGAAGGGCCGGGUCCUGGUGAAGGGGAAGAAGCCGCCCGCUGCCCGGGGCGAGGACGGUCGAAUUCUCUCCGACCGGGAGGAGGACGAGGAAGAGGAGGAGGAAGAAGAGGGGCUGGAGGCUGUGGAACAGAAGCGCGGGGCCAAGCAGAUCUCCCCGGAGCUGGCGGCCUUGGUGGUGUACUGCUGCGCCGCCCGCCUGCGGACCCUGGGCCCUGCCCCUGCGCCGCCCCGGCCCUGCCACGUCAGCUCCCUCAGCGAGCGCAAGGCCAAGAAGCUCAUCCGAGAGGCAGGGAACAGCUUCGUCAGGCACAACGCCCGCCAACUGACCCGCGUCUACCCCCUGGGGCUGCGGAUGAACUCGGCCAACUACAGCCCCCAGGAGAUGUGGAACUCCGGCUGCCAGCUGGUGGCCCUGAACUUCCAGACGCCAGGCUACGAGAUGGACCUCAACGCCGGGCGCUUCCUCAUCAACGGGCAGUGCGGCUAUGUCCUGAAACCCCAGUGCCUGCGGCAGCCUGACACAGACUUUGACCCGGAGAGCCCGGGACCCCCCAGAACUACUCUCACGGUGCAGGUGCUGACUGCACAGCAGCUGCCCAAGCUGAAUGCAGAGAAGCCCAGCUCCAUCGUGGACCCCCUGGUGCGUGUUGAGAUCCACGGGGUGCCCACGGACUGUGCGCGCAAAGAAACCACCUAUGUGCUCAACAACGGUUUCAACCCCCGCUGGGGGCAGACCCUGCAGUUCCAGUUGCGGGUCCCCGAGCUGGUGCUGGUGCGGUUCGUGGUAGAAGAUUACGACACCACGUCCCCCAACGACUUUGUGGGCCAGUUCACACUGCCUCUCAACAGCCUGAAGCAAGGGUACCGUCACAUCCACCUGCUUUCCAAGGACGGGGCGUCUCUGUCACCAGCCACACUCUUCGUCCACAUCCGAAUCCAGCACUCCUGAGGCCUGACUGACCCACCCUGGGGAUCUGCGGACACCAGUCUGCAUGCCGCGCACCGCAGAGGCCUUCUCCCCCAGGUGGCGGGAGGACCAGCCCCUGCAGCACUUCGCCGGCUCGCCAGGCUCAGCCUCGGCCCCUCCUGAAGAGCUGGUGGUUGACCUUUGCCUGGCAGCCCUGAUAAGGGCCCCAGCUCCUGGAGUCCUUGGCCCACCCACACUGUGGCCCAGGAAGAGCCAGGCCUGCUGCCACCAGGAGCCAGAAGACCCGGGAGCAGGAUGUAAGCGCCUCAUCCCUUCUGCCCCCCACCCAGGUUCCCCUGGACUCCUCCCUCCAGCUUUGGAACCUGAGCUCCUGUUGUUGAAGCCAGAUGAAGAGAGGAGGUUGGGAGCCCUGGGGACACCAAGAAGUAGGUUUUAGUUUGUGACACAGAAGAGCCCUGGAGAGAACAGGAGAACAAGACUAUUUUUAAAAAUAAAGAAGAAAAUUCCUUUACCACUGCCACUCCAAGCACCUGAGGCCACAGCCAGGCUCAUGAGGAGGGACAGGGGCAGAGGCCCUUCCGCAGGAGCCACGUGACUUUCUCUAAGACCAUCAGUGGUGCUGGAGGAGCCCCCACGGCUCAAAAGAGCCCCCAGCCCUCUUAAAGCUGCUGCCAGCAUCACAGACUGCGAAGAUGCCAAGUGCAAGCUGCCCGCACCAACCCUCGGAGGGGCCUUCAGUGGGGAGGCAGCUGGGUGGCCCUCUGCCGGGACAGAGCUGUUACAGCCCCGCAGGGUGGGGGCAGGCCCCCAACUUUCUGGGCUCGGUGGGGCAGACAGAUCCCAGAAACCCAGGGCUCGCCCUCCACCAGCCAAGCAGCCUUUCAGAUGAAGGCCUGGAGGCUGUGGCUGCUCCCAGCUGCCUCCGAAGAUGCUAGGAGAGCGAACCCAGAGAAAACAGGCAGAAAGGUGUUUUUCUAGGGUUAAAGGUGGGGCCCUGCCACCUGCCUGUCAGGCCGCACGCUGACCCUGCACAAGGACAGAGCUGGACAGCAGCUCCCUAACGCAGGUCGUGUCCCCUCAGACUGCAGCUCCGAGCCCAGGUUCCCCGGAAGGGGGCUCAGAGGCACCAGCCAUGGGGUCUGGAAGGAGCACAGGGUCAGGGAAUGAACGAACAGUUCUGGAGGAGGCCCGGCCGGCGUGGCUCACCUGGCUGGGCGGCGUCCUGUAAACCGAAGGCGCAGGUGUCGACCCCCAGUCAGGUAUGAAGUAUCAGUGUCUCUGUCACACUGAUGCCCUCCCUCCCCUUCUCCUCUUUCUAGUCAAUAAGCAUGUCCUCAGUGAGGAUAAAAAGUUGUAUGUAUUAAAAAAGUAUUUAAAAAUA